CAAGGUACCGGUCUGGUCGGUGGUCAACACACACUCCACCGACUCUAUCUGCAUAAGUACUUGGUAGGAAGAGUCUGAUUAUUUCAUUAGUGUGGCUGAAAGCAUUCAGCAGGAUAGGAUUGUGAUGUGGUCUCUGUUUUCAAUUCCACUGGUUUCCCUCUUGCUGCUGUUUACUCGUGCGGAAGCAGCGAGCAUACCCAUCGCAACUAGCAAAACAUCAUGUGGAUACGAGGCAUGCCCGACGGUAGAUCCACAGAAAUUAAAUAUUCAUAUAGUGGCUCACACUCACGAUGAUGUUGGCUGGUUAAAAACAGUCGAUCAAUAUUAUUUUGGAAGUCGGACAACUAUUCAACGCGCGGGGGUGCAAUAUAUUCUAGACAGUGUUAUUAAGGCAUUACUAGAUAAUCCCGAAAGAAGAUUUAUCUACGUAGAAACUGCCUUCUUACGGAAAUGGUGGUUGCGUCAAAACGAAAAUACGAAACAAGAUGUUAGAUAUCUGAUAAACGAAGGUAGACUGGAAAUUAUUAGUGGCGGAUGGAGCAUGAACGAUGAGGCGGUUACUCAUUAUCAUUCUCUCGUCGACCAAUUCACUUGGGGAUUCAGAUGGCUUAACGAUACUUUUGGAAGUUGCGCACGACCACGUAUAGGAUGGCAAAUCGAUCCCUUUGGUCAUUCCAGAGAACAAGCAUCGAUAUUCGCACAAUUAGGAUUCGAUGGCAUGUUUCUAGGUCGACUCGAUUAUCAGGACAAGGAAAAUAGAGUGAAAAACAAAAGUAUGGAAUUCAUCUGGAAAGGAAGUCCAAGUUUAGGGUCUCGUGCAGAUUUAUUUACAGUUGCAUUAUACAAUACGUAUUCCCCACCGCCUGGUUUCUGUUUCGAUGUUUUGUGCACCGACGAGCCGAUAAUCGAUGACCCCGAUAGUCCCGAUUACAACGUUAAACAAAGGAUCGGAGAGUUUCUCUCCUAUGCCCAACGCCAAGCAACAUCUUACCAGACUAACAAUGUUAUUCUUACGAUGGGCGAGGAUUUUAAUUAUCAAGACGCUGAAAUGUGGUUCAUUAAUUUGGAUAGGUUGCUCAGGUACGCGAGGGAACAUUCUUCGAACGUAAAUAUAUUUUACUCGACACCGUCGUGUUAUUUGAAAGCGGUUCACGAUGCAGCAAAUCUACAGUGGUCAACAAAGGCUGAUGACUUUUUCCCUUACGCGAGCGAUCCUCACUCUUAUUGGACCGGUUUCUUUUCCUCCAGACCAACGAUCAAAUUCUUCGAGAGGAUGGGAAAUAAUAUUUUACAGAUCGUGAAACAAUUGUCUGUACUGACUGAUCUGAAGGGGCACGAGAAACAAUUGGAAUAUUUCCGCGAAGCAAUGGGUAUAAUGCAACAUCACGAUGCGGUAACCGGGACCGAAAAGCAAUUAGUUGCCAGCGAUUAUGUCCGUAUAUUACACAGUGGUAUGCAGCAAGGAAAAGAUAUUAUUACCGAAGCUAUAAGCAAAUGGGGAUUGAGCGAAAGUGAAGGUUUAACGCAACCGAACGAUAUGAAUUCUUGCCUGCAAUUGAACAUCAGUUCUUGUCCGUAUACAGAAAAUACAAACUUUCUGCUUACGGUUUAUAAUCCACUAAGUUUCGAAAUUCGAACACCUAUUCGUAUUCCUAUCGAAAAAGGCACAUACACGGUUCAAGAUUUACCAGAUGGCGGCAACACUAUUUCGCAACUGGUGCCUAUUCCCGAUUCCGUAUUAAAAAUACCGGGAAGAAUAAGCAAUGCUAGUCACGAACUUGUAUUUAUUGCAUCAGUUCCACCUUUGGGCUAUAAAUCUUACAAGGUGGAACAAAAAUCAAGGGAUGUCGUCCAUUAUGUAGUUAACGAAGCAAGUUUCAUCGAGAACGAGUAUAACAGUAUAUCCAUCGACAACGAAGGCCAAGUUAUAGUGGAAUGGAAGAAAGAGAACAACAUGAGUUUGGUACAGUCGUUCCAUUAUUACGAAGGAGUGGCGGGAAAUAAUAAAGUAUUUAAAAACAGAUCCUCGGGAGCAUAUAUUUUCAGACCGAAAACUGUAUCCACUAAGGAUUUCCUCGCAUCCGGAUCUUACAAAAUUUACAAAGGUCCGCUGGUACAAGAAAUCCAUCAAACUAUUAACGAUUGGGUUAGUCAAGUGAUUCGACUGUAUAAGAAAAAAGAAUAUAUUGAAUACGAUUGGCUCAUUGGACCUAUACCCGUUAAGGACGACAUUGGCAAAGAAAUUGUAACAAAGUACUCGAGCAACUUAGAUUCGAACGGAGAAUUUUCUACGGACAGUAACGGUCGCGAAAUGCUAAAACGGAAACGAAAUUAUCGUCCAACUUGGAAUCUAGAAUUGGAAGAAAAAGUAUCUGGUAACUAUUAUCCGGUUGCUACUAAAAUCUCCUUGAAGGACGAAGAAAAAUUGCUUAAACUCAGCGUGCUAACGGACAGGACAGAAGGCGGGACUAGUAUGAAGGAUGGUGAAAUCGAAUUAAUGCUUCAUAGAAGACUUUUAAAAGACGAUGCAUUCGGUGUAGGAGAAGCUCUGAAUGAAACCGCAUAUGGCGAAGGUUUAGUUGUCAGAGGUUCACACUACGUGCUUGGAGGUAGUACAACAAAUUUGGACAAAUUCGUAAUGAAAGAGAAAUCAUUAGCUCUCGAAACAUCGCUUCGUCCAUGGAUCUUAUUCACGUCGCUAACGCCAAACUCUACAAUUGACAAUUAUUCAUCUGCAUGGAAAAAAUCAGGCCUUGCCAAAACGAUACCACCAAAUGUCCACAUUCUAACUUUGGAGCCAUGGAAAGAUGGUACAGUCUUAUUGAGGCUAGAACACAUUUUCGAAGUGGGUGAAACCGAGAAUUUGUCUAAACCUGUGGAAAUUAACAUUCAGGACCUGUUUUCGACUUUCACGAUUCUGUCUGUGAAGGAAACUACAUUGGGUGGCAAUCAAUGGAUACAAAGUAUGAAUCGUUUCAAAUGGGAAUCUGAAACGAACGAUGUCCUUCGGGCAAAAGAAAAUCUUAUUCGGCCAAUAAAACUUGAAGAUGGCGUUAUGAAUAUUCUUUUAAAACCGAUGGAAAUACGAACAUUUAUUCUUCAGACAGCGCCUAAAAACGUUUAAUUUAUAAUUAAUCAUUUAUUUACAUUAUACGUUUGUUCAAUUUCGUGAUAUUUUCUAUACAAAUA